UCUCCCUGUGUGUGUCGGCCGUCGUCCCGGCAGAAAUUUGAUAGAACUGUCGGUGCACAGCCAGAUCAAUUCGGUCAGAGCCCCGGGCAGGAGUGAAGCCUCUUCCCGCCUCCUCCAGAACCCGGGUCCGGGCUCCGUGCGGGUCUCCCCGGGUCCAUGGCCUGAUCGGUACCGGCGGCGGGUCAGCUGCGGCUGGAGCCUUCGAGAUGCUCCGCGCUCUAUUCCGCUGCACAAUAACACCGUCACCGAUACCGGUCUGGAGACUCAGCUAUGCUUUUCAGACGGAGAGCCAGGAUGUUGCGGUGGCUGGUGUGUGGCCGGGUGGGCACAGUUUGGAUCUGGAAGGCGCUGCUGCUUUUCGUUGCCAUCGCCUUCGCUGUCCAACUGUUGGGGGUCAUCUUCAACAAGAGCAGUGUGCAUCCAGCUGGCCACUCCAUCUUCCUGUCCUCUGAUGCUCAGGGCCCCUCUCUGGGCUUCUGUCAGCCCCACACCCACAUCAUGUUCCUGAAGACCCACAAGACGGCCAGCAGCACGGUGCUCAACAUGCUGUACCGCUUCGGGGACGAGCGCAACCUCCGCUUCGCCCUCCCAAUGGGAUACCAGUUCGGAUACCCACUGCCUUUCAAUGCUCAUAGGGUCAAAGGUUACCGAGGCCCCAGAGCCAUGGAGUUCCACAUCCUGGGCCAUCACAUGAGAUUUAAUAAGCCUGAGGUGGAGAAGGUGAUGCCUGCAGACACGUUCUACUUCUCCAUCAUCCGGGACCCGGCCGGUAUGGCUGAGUCCUCCUUUGCCUAUUACAAAGAGGUGGCACCUGCCUUUAAGAAAGCCAAGAGCUUGGGCGACUUUGCUGACAACCCCUACAGAUAUUACGACUCUCGGGUCCGCAACAACUACGCCCGCAAUCUGCUGAUGUUUGACUUCGGCAUGGACAACAGUGCUAACUUCUCAUUGGCUGUGGCUCAGAAGGCAGAGACCAUGAUCCGCCAGACCUUCAAUCUGAUUCUAGUGUCGGAGUACUUUGACCAGUCCAUGAUCCUGCUGCGGCACGCCCUCUGCUGGCCGCUGGAAACCGUCGUCUCUUUCAGCCUCAACGCUCGGCAGCAGAAGCCCAGCGACGUGGGGGGGCUGAGCGGGAGCUUCGUGAGCAAAGCAGCGGCGGCAGCAGGUAUCGGGUUCAGAGGGGUACGCCCCCAAGCCAAGAUACUGACCAAUGUGACGGAGGCACAGCGGGAGAAGCUGCGGCAGUGGAACGCCUUCGACUUGUACUUAUAUAAAACCUUCAACCGGACCUUCUGGGAGGAUAUCAAAAGUUUCGGUUACGCCCAGAUGGAGCAGGAAGUAUCUCUUCUCAGGAUGCUCCGGAAAGAAAUGGCCCAGGUUUGUCUGAGGGACGGCGGAAAGCCUGUGGAGGGGCGCCGGAUCCAAGACAAGAACAUCCGCCCGUUCCAGUUGGGAUUGUUGCAGAUUCUGGGAUACGAGCUUCAGCCGGGGCUGGACAACGCCACCAGGGCGGCCUGUCUGAGGAUGAUCAGACCCGAGCUGCAGUACAAGGACGUGCUGGAUGCUAAACAGUUCCCCCGCAUGGCCCAGUCAGGGAAGCAGAACCCGGCUCUGCUGGCAGCCGGAGCCUCUCUGGUAAGACAAGACUCACCCAGGACAGGAGAGAGGCCGGCGGAGGGGAAUGCUGGGGGGAGGACAGCGGAGUUGAGGGACUGGGACGGAAGCCGCUUAAUGAGGAGGAACCAGACUUUGAUACAAAAAGUAAGAUUGACAUGAGGUUUCAGGUGAGUCUCGUUCCUCAAUACGGUACCUCUGGUCUCUGAACAAAUGGACUGAAAGCUGAGCCGAGUGUGGUUUACACACGAGAAAACAAAAAGGAGGAGCUGUUUGAACUUCCACUUUUUGGUUGUUUGCUUCGUUACUUAAAACCGUUCUUUGCUUUUAGUCGGUGUAAUCCUCGUGGCCCUUGACCUCUGAGAGCCUGGGAUGCUUUCAUGGCUGCAGUUACAAGUGGUAGAAUUAACUUUGUUUUUAUAUAAGCAGACUCAAAGAAACUGUUGGCAGGGACUCUCUGCUUUGCUGACACACAGAAGCCUGUUUUAGUCCUUGUUCAUAUUUAUACUUCUAAGAGGUACGAUUUAUUUUUUACGUUGUCCUUGGUGCACAUGCUUGAAACUUCUCAACGUAAAGGUACAAUAAGCCCCAGUAUUUGCCUCUCAUGCAGUGCCAUAACACUGAGUCACUGAGCCUAGCACCUCCCUAAAAGAUAUAUAUUUUAAAGUUAUUUAAUAUUUGAAUACAAAAUAAAGAAUUUACUUGGAAUAUGGGUUGAAAAAAAAAAUCUCGCAGAGGAUGGAAUGUUUUGUAUUCACUUGGUUUGAAGAGUCUUUCAAUUCUAACAGUUUUUGAAGAAAAGCUGGGAAUGUAUUAGAAAAACACAUGCUAAGCUCUGUGUCUCUAAAGCAAUGGUAAUACACAAGAGGCUUACAUUGGGGUAUGUAUACAACACUAUCUGUUUUUCUUUGAGGGUAUGGUUUGUAAAGUCAGUCUUUGCUGGUACUGGUAAUGGACACAAAUAAUGGUGAUUUAUAACUUACUAUUUCUCUCUUUGAAACACUUUGUUCAGCUUCAGAGUCAGGGAGCCCUGUCUAGAACCACUAACCUGAACUGCUUCUUAAAUAUAUUUUAAUAAUACAAGAGGGGAAAACGAUCCGGUGCUUGAUACUACCGCAAGCAGGCGGCUGGUUAUUAUCAGCAUUUGGGCACAUUCCUUCCUUCCACUAUCCGCUAAAGUAUCCAUCUGUCUCACAUAUGCAGAGACCAUGAAGACCCAUUUCCUUGUCAUAAUGUUUUACAAAUGAAUUGAAUAUCAGUGCAGGGGUAAACACAUCCAAAAGCAGCUGCAUGUUAAAGAUGAUUCAUUAUAUUGCACAAGGGUGACCUCAACUCCCCCAGUAUUCCUUCCAGAUAACCGUUGAACGAGUUGGCAGGUAUUUUGGGACUUUUCUAUAUUGUUUUGUCAGACGGAACACAGCAGACAACAUAAAGCAGUAGCGUCUUGCUGCAAAGCUCCUGGCUCAACCCACCUUUUGGACCCAGGACCCAUCUCCAACGCCAUUAAUCCAUCUACUUGUUAAUACAAAUGUUUUACAUGUCACUGUUCUAAAGACCAUUUCACAGUAAAUGCUAACAUUCUUAAUGUUGACUAGCAAUACAAUUCUAUUGAAGCAGUCUUUUGUUAUAUCAUAGGUAUCCUUACUAAAUAAAUUAGCCUACUAAGCCAAUAUUGUAUUCAUUUUAUCCCUUGCCACAAAACAGCUACACAAGGUAAACAAUACAAAGGUUAUAUUUCGAUAUAAUUCUAACUUCUAAUGUUAAGGUAAAAGAAGCAAAUAACAUGUGAUAUCCUUAUGCGUUUGCUAGCAAUAGCUAAUGUUAGCUAGCUAUACUUAUUUGUUAGGGAAAUGCAAAUGCUUAAUAAUCAUUGUAGCUAACAUUAGCCUUUGAUUGCUACCAACAUUAUAGCUAGCCGAGCUAACUCAUAAGGCUAGUACGAGUUUGGCUGCUUAAGGUUACGCUACCUAACUAGAAGUUACAGAUAUUUAAAAUAUUAGCGUUGUAUUAUUUAUUUAAACUAGUGAAUGCAUGCACUGGUGUAAACAAUUUGCAGAUGCCACACACUGUUAGCGUGACACUGUAAAAGGUCUCAGGUGGAGGAGCUGGGCCUGAGCGUGGAGCUCUGCAGCUAGACCCUUCUCACAUAAUAUCACUAUCUCAGGCAUGAGUUACAGUUUGUCCCUAUUCCUGUUCCUCCACAUAAACACCAGUUCUGCUUUAUUUGGCUCUGAGUAAGGAGCUGGAACUCUUCAUCGUCUGUGGAAUGCAGCAUGUUUACAUUAACACUGUCAGACAUGCAGCUUGUCACAUGUUCAGUCACAGCCUGGUCCUGCAUGGUGCUUGCAGAUAUUUUGUCAUUAACAUGCUGCUGCAUGAAGGAUCAAAUUGUACUACAUGUACUAUGUAACACAAACAACCUAUCUCUGUCAGGGACAAAACACAGCAGACAGGUUCUCACUUGAUUGCCUUAUACAUACCUACAGUAUGAUAACAGGAAUAACGCUCUGAAAUGUGCAUGUGUGAGCUCGCUGACAUCGCCUGACUGGUUUUUGUAGACGGCUUUGUCAAGAGCUCCAUUGUUUAUCAGAAACUGUUGAGAAAACAGCGACCCACAUGGUUGCACUAAGUGACAUGGUCCAUGAACUUGGGUACUGCAGUUCAUUAUGAGAAAACUGCAUAUUGAAUCUGGCAAGGAGUGCUCUAUGUUUACACUGCUGAAGGGAGUGGGCAGAUCAGGAGAAUAUAUAGCAUUAACUUUGAAUCAAGAGCAAAUAGGGAGGUUUCUUACUAAAAUAUGUGUAAAUAAAAAACGGGGGAAUUGGUCUUUGAUAGAAUCCUGUUUAGCUUACAUAUUUUAUUUAGAUCAUCACAAAGGACAGUGGGCAGCCAUUCUGCAGUACCUGUAUUUAUAACCUGGUUGUCUCGUGCUGUGGGAGGAAAGUAGAGCACAGACAGGAACCCUGUAAUAAUAAUAAUAAUGGGUUUCAUUUAUAGCGCACUUCAUAUUUGAGUUAAAAUCCUGUGUGAGCACCUGCUAGCUGCUGUGGUCUGUGUCAUAGCACUUCAAAGUGAGAACUCUGUCUGCUGUGGUUUCCUCUUUCUGCUGUCUGGCAAUGCUACACAACACUCUUUCCUGUGAAGAUAAUAAACAACAACACAUUGAAGCACCAUGGUCUAAUAUUUUUAGAGCCAUGCAGUCAAGCCAUUUGAGAAUGAUAUUGAGAGAUUCAUAUUUUUGCAUGAAUGAGGGUCUAAUAAGCUCCAGGUGAAUGAGGUCCGGUGUUGCGAAGGUGCAAAUAUGAGCCAUGUUGUUUUUUAUUUCACUUUAGCUGUUUUCAACAUCACAAUAUUCAGUAUUAUUUAUUCACAUGUUGGCACUUUUCAUAGUGAAUUGUUGUUCACUUGUUGACGCUUAUCUUGGUACAGAUGAUGCAGCUGAAAUUACAUUUGAGUGCUGAUAUCUGAAAAAUAAUGCACACCCUUUGACCAAUCAGAACUGAGUAUUCUCCAUGGCCAUAGUAUAAAUGUAGUAUUGUACAGAUCAUGUGUAAGAAUGUACAUGUGUAAAUGUACAUGUAAAGGAAUAUAUUUACAAAGCCCAAAGUGGAAAUAGGGGAAAAAAAUAGAUAGGUGAAAAAAAGGAUACAAACUUUUGCGUUCUCCUGAAAAUCGACAACAAAUAUUCAUAUUUCCAAGCUACAACUAGCUGUCAUAGGGAUAAUAAAUGAUAAAAAUAGUUAGAAAUGGACAUUUUUAACAGAAGAACGCAAUUUUUUCAUCUAUCCAUUUGUGUGUAUGUAGGAGCUCUGAUUUUGGGUCUCUUUAAAACGUCCAAUAUUGAACAUUUGACUGAUUGAUGCUAACAAAAGUCUUUCCACAGCACAGUAGUGUGUAUUCUCCAUCCCGUGCACUGUGAAUAGUGUCACCUUACAGCAGUUGUCCUUCUGCGGGGAUUGGGUGCACUGCAUUGUGCUUCCUCCAGUGAAACGGAGAUUGUUAAUCAGCUUACAGUCUUAAGUUAAGACACUGAGUCAAAGGGAUGAGAAAGUAUUAACUUAGAUUUAAAAGGGACAUACCUGUGUUUAUUUAUGUUCCCUCCUUUCAUGCAAACAUUGACUUAUAAGUAUUUCACUAUAAUCUGAAACUAACUUCAGUUACAUAACCCACUGUGUAUCACAGUGCUGCACGGCUAUGUCCUGCAACCCUCAAAUAUUAUUAUUGUUGUUUAUUUUAAACUCAAACAUGAAUAUUUUUAACAUCCAAUCUUUUUAAUGUGAAAGAACACCAUUUUCUUUAGUGCCACCACCAGGACACACUCUAUAUGUUCGGCUCAUCAGGAUGUCGGUCUAACGUUAUUAUUUGUACCAUAAUUUAAUUGUGAUGAUACAAACAGGCCUCAUGUGCUUGUAUUACAAUGAAGAACUGUACUAGUAGAUGCUCGCUGUUCUGGGUCACCACUGUUUAAUGAACACUAAUGCACAAACAGAUUUGUUUCAUGCCUUAGGAUGCAGUUAUAAUAUUAUUGACCCCGGCUUUUAAACAAUGUCCUUCUGUAUUUUCUUUUAUAUCUACCAUUUGUACAGACUGUAUUUAUCGGGGUUGGUUAGGGACGACGAGGGGAAGGGUGUUUUUGUCACAGUAUGAUGGAAUUUAUUAUUGAUGUGAUGAGAAAACAUACAUUCAGCUCAUCUUCAAUGUUCAGUCAGUGUUGAAACACUGAUGACAAAUUGCCAUCAUUAAUUAUGGCAGGGUCAUAAUUCAGUGUUACUAAGAAAACUGUGAUUGUACGGUUAUAUCAAGCUGUUGUCUUUCAAAACGUCCACAUUUAGACAUUUCGUUAAUUGUAAUUAAAUACAAAAUAAGUCAAGUCUAAUACCUGAGAAAAGGAUAAAUAAUAACACUGAGCAUUACUGUGAUUAUUUCAGAUGGGAAUUUAUCUCAAGACGACCAGAAUAUUAAGUGUUGAUCAUAAUGCUUACAAAUGAGAGCACAGCCACUAAAUUAUCCGGUCCUUGAGUGGUAAUUACGAGGUAGAGAUGUAAUACUUUAUCUUUUAAUUUAGAGAUAAUGAACCUGUAAUGAAAGUCAAAUGAAAACUGCUUAAUUUCGAUGCCCGUCUUCCCACAUGCAGCAUUGUUUUUAUUCUUCCAGUGGAAAUCUCAGCUAUGGUACAGUGUGAUUUAUCACCUCAUUUGAACAGCUUCCAUCUCUACUUUUCACAACACUGGGUUAUUACUGACAGGAAAUCAUAAAUGGACCUGAUCAUCUCUCUAGGUGUUACAGAUUUCACUGGACUGGAAAUGCAAGUUCAGAAAGCAACGGUGUACUUUGGCUUGGAUCUUACUUGAAAAUGUUAUUUUUGGGGUGAAACUGGUACUACGUGUGCAUCCAUUGAGGUUUUUUUUUCUUGUACUGAAUAAAAACAAAAUUU